AUGGCUUGUACAACCCCUGCCUGUCAACCUCAUCAUAUCUCUGUGUUUAGUUGGGUUCGAGAUAUUCCUAAGGUCACUUUGAUCAUAGGGACUACAGUCUCCAACAAUGCUUAUGUUGUUCCUGGAGAGUGUACUGUCUGUAAAACCCACUACUAUCCUGACCACAAGGACUUUCCUUCUCCGGUCUACAAUCAACAACGGGAGAUUCAUCUCAACUCAGCUCGUUAUCUCAAGAUUGGCCAAACUCUUUGGGUGGAUCGAGUUUUCUCAAAGGCAGUUCUCAGUGCAACAUACAACUUUCAUGCAUCUGCCAAUGCCUACACUCAAUUCUGGAAUGACAGCUUUGGUAAUGUGACUACCAAGGUGGUACUAGGGAGACCGCAGAUUUGGCAGGCUUUUGUGCACGAGUCAACUCGCAUGGUUGCAACAGCUCUAGAAGAGGACUUUGAGACUGAUGCAAAUGCAAAGGUGGAUGAGCGGUGCUCGAUGGCAGCCCGCUCACUAUCUACAAACACAUACGCUACGCGGCCUGGGUACUAA